UCCUUCUUUUUACCCUCGCUCGUACACUUGCAAUUUGCUGCUUUGUUCUCCGGGAUCCCCUUUCUCUCUUCAUCCAUCGCCGUCAUCUCCUCGCGGCUGCGCCACCUCUUGCUCGCGAAGAAGGUGUGGGGAAGUAUAGUUUUCCGGCCGGCGCUUUUGUAGUUUGGUGGAAAAGAGGAAGAUAAUUUCAAAAGGUCGCCACCGCCUCUGCUCAGUGCUCUUACCUUCGCGACUGCUUUCUCCGAUCCUCGCUCCUCUCGCCGGUCAUCGCUGCUUCUCUCCAAGGGUUUAGGGAGGAAAGCAUGUCUGAAGAGGGAAGAGUGCAUCCCAGCUGUCGGAAUGCAUCAAAUCCUUACCAUGAAUGCAGUGAAUAUUGCUUCAAAAUAAUUGCUGAAGCAAAGCGGAUGAAACAAACAGAAACUGAAGUAGUGCAACCUAAUGAUCGUGAUAUUCAAGCCCAUUCAGUUGAUAACUCUGAUAGGGAUGAGGAUCCUCAUGGGGAAAAGGAUGGCAUGAAAAGUCACAGUGAUGGGGAUGGAGACACCAAUACCAUGGAUAACAUGGCAGUAGAUUUGGCCAAUCUUACAGGGAGAAAGAAAAAGUUGUUUGAGCUAAGGUUAAAGAUGAAUGAGGCAAGAAAGGCCAAUCAAACUGCCAUGGUGACAGAGAAGAGAAAAAUGGAAACUCCAGCGGAGUCUAGAGGCAUGUCUAAGCAAAAAUGGCUUGAGGAAAGGAAGAAGAAAAUUGGGAAAUUGCUUGAAUCAAAUGGAUUGGAGAUGAGUAAGGCAUAUAUGCUUGAUACGCAAGAGUCUGCUGAGGCAAAGUAUAAGAAGUGGGAGAAGGAGCCUGCUCCAGCUGGUUGGGAUGUUUUUAAUCAGAAAACAUUAUACAAUGCAUACAAGAAGAGAACAAAGAACAUUCAGGUUGACCUUGAAGAAUACAAUAAAAUGAAGGAGGCCGAUCCCGAGUUUUACAGAGAAGCUUCAAGUCUUCAAUAUGGGAAGGCUACAAAAGUUUCGGAUGACAAGGUUGAUAGAAUGGUGAAGGAACUCACGGACCGAGACGAGAAGCGCAAAGCAUUUAGUAGGAGGAGAAGGUACCAUGAAGAGAAGGAUAUCGACUCUAUCAACGAUCGUAAUGAGCACUUCAAUAAAAAGAUCGAGCGAGCUUUUGGAAAAUACACCCUGGAGAUCAAGAACAACUUGGAGAGAGGAACUGCCUUACCUGAUUGAGUUAGCAAGCCAUUAGAUUAAGAGUUUUGAGUACGGUACAAUUUCUAGUGUAAUGUUCAUACAUAGCCUGAUGCUAAUGCAUUCCAGCAAUUCACAUGUAACUUAUGCAGCCAUGCAGAUGCUGGUUUGAUAAUAUUUGCAUGAUUUGGGGAUUGGGUGUAAGAAUGGUUUUUUCUUGACACAUCAUGUAAUAACAUGUGUGGCAUUGUUAUAGAAGUCUGCCAUGUUUAAAUUCAGGUAGUGCAGCUGCUGUGUUUAUAAGGUA